AUGUCAACAGAUGAGGUUGUUCUCUUGGAUUUCUGGGUGAGCCCAUUCUGCCUGAGGGCCAAAAUUGCAUUGGCUGAGAAAGGUGUAGCCUUUGUGGAGCAAGAGGAAGACUUGUUUGGAGGCAAGAGUGAGUUGCUUCUCAAAUCAAACCCAGUCUACCAGAAAGUGCCUGUGCUUUUGCACAAUGGAAAACCCAUGUGCGAAUCCACUAUCAUCGUGCACUACAUUGAUGAGACUUGGCCUUCUCCACCAUUGCUCCCAACUUGUCCAUAUGAACGGGCCCGGGCUCGGUUCUGGGCCGACUUCAUCGAUAAAAAGGUAUUUGAAGCUGGUGGCAAAACAUGGCAGAGCAAAGGAGAAGAGAAAGAGGUGGCGAAAAAAGAAUUUCUUGAGAUUCUGAAGGUACUAGAGGGAGCCUUGGGGGAGAAAGAUUACUUUGGUGGUGAUAGCUUUGGAUUUGUGGACAUCAUAGCCAUCCCUCUCACCUCUUGGUUCGAUUCCUGCGAAAAAUUCGGGUUAUUUAAGAUUGAGGAACACUGCCCCAAAUUCUCAGCUUGGAUGAAGAGGUGUUUGAAGAGAGAAACUGUUGCCAAAGUUCUUCCAAACCCAGAAAAGGUCCUUGAGUUUGUCACCUCUAUGAGGAAGAUGCAUGGCGUUGAGUAG